AUGACUCCUCAGAAAGCUUCCUUGCUCCUCAAUCCUCAUCUCUUCCCCCUCGUGUGCACACUUUCAGGCAUUCAGGCGAAAGCGAAUUCUUUUUUGGAUACACGUUCCCCAAACCCCAUGAUGUCCCUGCAGAUGCCUGAGAGGUGUUACUGUGCAGAUGUGGUAUAUCCAAUGGCUGUCGUUGCUACUGCAGAACGUGGUCUUAUUGUUUACCAGUUGGAAAAUCAGCCUUCAGAGUUUCGACGUAUAGAUUCGCCUCUGAAGCAUCAGCAUCGCUGUGUGGCAAUCUUUAAGGACAAGCAGAGUAAACCUACCGGUUUUGCACUGGGCAGCAUUGAGGGCCGAGUUGCCAUUCACUACAUAAACCCACCUAACCCAGCCAAGGACAAUUUCACCUUUAAGUGCCACAGGUCAAAUGGAACCAAUACUGCAACACCCCAAGAUAUUUAUGCUGUAAAUGCUAUCUCCUUUCACCCUGUCCAUGGCACUCUGGCAACGGUAGGCUCUGAUGGGCGCUUCAGUUUCUGGGAUAAAGAUGCCCGCACUAAGCUGAAGACAUCUGAACAAUUAGAUCAACCAAUAACAGCCUGUUGCUUCAAUAACAAUGGCAACAUAUUUGCCUACGCCUCCAGCUAUGACUGGUCUAAGGGACACGAAUAUUACAAUCCCCAGAAAAAGAAUUACAUCUUCUUGAGGAAUGCGGCUGAGGAACUGAAGCCUCGGAACAAGAAAUGAUUCAUCAAGCUUCACAUCACAUCUUGGAAGACCUGCAUUAGUGUGUAAAUAUGGGAGAGAGACCUCAAUUUGGCUAACACCUGGACCAAUGGCAUGGCAAUGCGUAAUUUUUAUGGACCAAUUGGAAGGGCGCCAACUGCUCAUAAGCAAUGGUGAUUUGAGCAGUGGCUUUUGAAACGAGUAAGGAAGCCAUGCUUUAGCAUUUCUGGUGUAAUUGAUGUACCUUUUUUUUCUUCGUAAAGUUCUUCAUUACUUGCAACUCUCAUUUCUUGAUACUGCCUUGCAAAGGAAAUGCAUUUUCACCUUUUGCUUUUCUUUCUCUUCUUGCUGUAUUAUCACAUAAUGUAACCAAUAAUAAAUCUAUCUCAAGCUUUCUCUGCA